AAGAAGGUGUUUGAUUGCAGAAUAACUGGGGAAAGGGAAAUCCAGGUAUAGGCGUGUUUUGUGUUGGGUUGAAUGGUAAGUGGAGGAUUCGGAGUAAGGGGAAUAUUAUUCCGUGUGGGGAUUUCAAGCGCCAUGGUAUAAGCUCCAGUCUUCUGAUGUUUGGCAAGAAGUUGGAGAUAUUUCUCUACCUAUUCCACAACCAUAUACCCAUCUCAGUCCCCGAUUUGAUUACUAAAAGAGGCCUCCAUCCGUUGACGUAGAGGAUUCAUGCGGAGAGUCGGGCCGGAUUAUUUUCAUCAUUUGAUUUCAUAGCAUUUCUCGCUCUCAGGGAUGAGAUCGUGAUCGAACGGGCAGGAGAAGAAGGAUUUGGAUUUGGAUUUGGCGAGAGCGGUGGAAUAGAUAGAGAGAAGAGGAAUAAGGAGAAGAAGGAGGAGGAGGGAUGGAGAUUCAGUGGCUUCUGGUGGUGCACGGGUUGGUGACUCUCCUGGUGGUAGUCUCCUUGCUCUGCGGGCACUGGCCCAUCUUCCAGGGCACCUUCAUCGAGCGCAUCCAUUACUUCAUCACCUUUGGCGCCUACGACUACUUCCUAAGAUUUGUGGCAGUCAUAUUUGGUUCUAGAGGCAGAAAUUGCUUCCUCGCAGUUGAGCAUUAUUUGUGUGGGCGGCCAAAUCCAAUCUUACAGCUGCUUUACCUCAGCAUACUUGGAGUAACGUACUUUGUCAUUGUAAAGUCAUCUUUCGGAUAUAUUCCUGGUUAUUAUGUUAGUGAAUUGCACAGGUACACAAGCAUGUUGGCAGUUGGGGUGGGAGUUAUUCUCUUUCUAUUGACUAGCUUUUCUGAUCCAGGAACUGUGACAGCUGAGAAUGUUUCUCAGUACAUCUCUGCCUAUCCUUAUGACAAUAUCUUAUAUGUGGAAAAAGAAUGUUCAACGUGCAAGAUUUCAAAGCCUGCAAGAUCUAAGCACUGUAGCAUAUGUGAUCGAUGUGUUGCACGAUUUGACCAUCAUUGUGGAUGGAUGAACAAUUGCAUCGGGGAGAAAAAUACCCGGUACUUCUUGGCUUUUCUGCUCUGGCAUUUCCUAAUUUGUUUAUAUGGAGCAGUUGUCCUUGGAUUUAUUCUAGUUGGUGAAUUGAAAGAGCGCAGAAUUAUAGACAUUUUAACGGUUUAUUAUGGUGUUGAAAAUUCUUUCUCCAGUUUAUUUCCAUAUAUAGUCCAGUGGUUGCUGAGUGCUUAUAACACACAAAUACUUCUGAUAAUGUUUUUAGCCAUAGUCUCAUUGCUACUGGCUGGCUUUUUUGGAUAUCAUGCUCAUCUCUGCCUAACGAACACAACGACAAAUGAGACUUUUAAGUGGCAAGACUACAUAAGCUGGAAGAGGAAGCUGAAUGAAGCCAAGUCCAGUGCUGCAGCACUGAAGGCCAGUAUACACGCAAUGAAUGGAGAGAGCAAGCCGCCCAAGAGCAAAUGGAGGAUAUUUUUUCGCAGGUCCCCUCUGCAAAAUGAGGAGGUGGUCAGGAAGAAUAAUGUGUACGAUCAAGGAAUAGCAAGUAAUCUUUUUGAAAUUGUGUUUCCUUUAUCAGAGAGGAGGUCAUUUUUCUGCAGGAAGUCAGAAUAAGAAUGUGAUCUGAAUUUGCACUUCUCAUGUUUCAAAGUGCAAAAUGUAGUAUUUUUACUUUAAAAGCGUAAUAUUGUAAUCUAAUGUAAAUUACUUUUAUUGCCUCUGUUGUUAGCUCUGUUAAACCAGCCCUUUAUAAGAGCACAAUGUUUUUAAGCAUUAUUGGCCGAUUAUUCAUGCA